UACCCAUUCUGUGUCGGCGAAGAGUGUCUGCGCGACCAGCAGCAGCACCAAUAGUGGCACAUCCAGUUGUUCCGUUGGUGCACAGCCCGCUUCAUUGCAUGUAGACGCGAAUCGCGUAAUUUCACAAGGCACCGAACAUAGAAGGCAACGCAGAACCAGGAGAGAACCGAGGGAGACCGCCAGUCCUGCUCAAGGAAGAAGAAGCCCGUCAUGGAAGGUUCCAGAAGCACAGCUCAGCUCGAUGCCAAAGCCAACAAACCAGAGACCAAGCCCCCUCGUACUCCUGUGGUAAAGACGCAACUGACGCGGCAACAGGUCAGACAAAUUAUUCAAGCCCGAGUGGACGCCAAGACGCGCGAACGUGGCAAGCCGCACAGAACAGUCUACUACGUCUGGUACUUCGCCAACGUCAUCUGGGCCGUGCUAGCAUUCCCAAUUGGGAUAAGCUUGAUUACCUAUGUGCGUGUGCAGCGUAAGAACGAAAGUGCCAUCGCCGAACCACUCCCUGUGGGUCUGACAGGUCGCCCGCCGGUCCCAACCGGACGAGCUAUUGUAGAGACAGCAUACUGCAACAUUCCCAGCAUCAAGAUUGACAAGUCCUGGAAACCUCCGUUCCUGGACAUUCCCGAGACCUUUCCUAAGGCUGUACCGUCUAAUCGCAGCAUCUUCUGCGUCUUUAACCACACCAGCUACCAGCGUCACGAAGCGUUCCGUACAGGUUACAUCAACGGUCACCUGUGCACGCAUUUGAUGUACUCAUCCGCGAAGCUCUCGGACGACGUCAUCUCAAGCGCCAACCAAGAGUUCGACGUCAUCAAAGAAGGCUUCUUGAAUUUGGCGUCUCUAAAGUCUAAGUACCCGCACUUAAAAGUGCUGAUAUCUGUCGGUGAGUACGAAAGGGGUUCGUCGGUCUUCAGCCAGAUGGCAGCCAACGAAGCCAGGAGGUCCAGGUUCGUCGCGCAUGCCGUCUCUUGGCUCAGGGAGAAUGACUAUGAUGGAAUCAACAUAGAGUGGAUGAACCCUGCGGACCGCUGCGGUUCAUCUGCGGACGUAGCCAAUUUUGUCCAACUUGUGCAACAGCUCCGGCAUAAGCUGGGCGACAAAUAUCUCAUAUGCAUCACCCUUCCGCCUUCAAAGGUGCGAAGGACGCUAGGGUACGACCUCCACGCUCUCGCUCCCUCAGCAGACUAUUUCCUCGUGGACACUCGUAACCUUCAUGACAUGCACCCCAACGUAACCCAUUGUCAAGUUCCCCUCGACGCGGAGGGGCCGUCUCUCACGAGUGUCCUUCGGGAAGUCUUGAGUGAGCUGCCCGCGAACAGCAGCAGGAAGGUCUGCUUCGGCGUGUCUCUAGCGGGCAUCUCAUUCACCGUCAACACCAGCGUUUCGACCUACCACAGCGAGAGGAGGACAAUUAUCGGCCCUGGACUAGAAGGUAACCUGACGGGGACUAAGGGACGCCUCGCGUUUUUUGAAAUAUGCCAAUUUGAAGGAAGCACCAAGAUGGGUACCAUGGACGUAAAGGAGAUCUGCUCUUACCAGUUGUACGACGACUAUUGGAUAGGAUACGAGAGUAAGUUCUCGUUGGUGACGAAGUUGUCUGAAAUGUUCAGAAAGGAAGAGUUCAAGGAACUUUGCGUUGUUGUCUGGGAGAUUGACAUGGACGAUUUCAAAGGCAGGUGCAAGAUGGGAUCCACGCCCCUGCUGAAGACCAUUUAUGACGAAGCGUCCGGACAGAGCGACAACCAAACUUCGUUAUGACGUCACGCGCCGCCAUGACGUCACACGUGGUGUUCCUGCUUGUAUUGGAAAGAGUUUCUUUUCACUUUGCAACAAUGCCCGUUUCUUGCUCCUUCGGGUUUUUCUCUCAUUUCAUUUUGUUUAUGCUCGUACCUUACAUCGGCACAAAUUCGUUUAGUGCAGCAAUGAUCU